GUAAAGUCUCAGUCAACAGUAUUGAAGUCAUUCCUCAGCAAUACUCGAGCAAAUAUUAUAAAGGGCUCUCACACAUGUUGCAGCCUGGUUUUCAAUACUGGCAUGAACAUGUGUGUAAGGAUUCGUGGUGUGAUAUUUUGGUUGAAGCGCUAUGACCUCCAAUGACCUCAAACUUUUGCCACCACAGUCUUCUCUUUGGUCUAUAUUUAGACAACUCCUUGACAACUUGCUUAGAAAGGUAUUAACACUUAUUUUUUUGCUAGUAUCUUAUUUUUUUAUUUGAGUACAUUUGUUUUUGCUAAAACCUCAAAUGAACAUUUAAUGUUAAUGUCUAGUACAACAUGUACAUUGUAUGAAUGGCCCCCUUUGUCUUCUGCUGCUUGUUAUGCUACUCUCCUCCCCCACACCCAUGCCGGCACUUAUCAAUCGGUUACGUUGCAUAAUAACUCUUAUCAGUGGACACUUGGGGCAGCGUGGUAGAACAUGUUGAAGGCAGGUGGCCGAGGUUAAACAGUGAAUCCUCUUUCAGGCAACAUGUAUGAAUGAAGUUGAUCUAGAGCCCGAAUAUUUUCACACAUAGAUCACAUUGGCAGAUAUGCAAAAAUGGUUUAAAUGCAUUAAUGUUUUAUAGACUGCAGUUUUAUGACACAUAUCUUUCAGGAGAGCGGUGUUGAUGUGAUGCUGGUGGAACAAGCUGUGGUGCACUGAGCCUUCCAUGGCUGUUAGCACCAUGGACUCUGAGUCAGGCCGGACACCUCAGACUCAGGCCACCCUAACUGAAGGAGGUCCCUCCCUGCUGUCAACAGGGGCUCUGAGCGCCAGGUUGGGUUCCGAUGGGAAGCAUUAUGUCUGCGGCUCCAUUGCAGCUUUUACCAAUAUUGUGGUGACCUUCCCCAUCCAGAAGGUGCUCUUUCGCCAGCAGCUACAUGGUGUGUUGGCCAGCGAAGCGGUGCGGCAGCUCCAGAGGGAUGGGCUGAGGAAUCUUUACAGGGGCCUGCUGCCCCCGCUGCUCCAGAAGAGCACCACAGUAGCCAUCAUGUUUGGCCUGUACGAGGACUUCUCGAGAGUCUUACUGGACCGGGCCGGCGGUGUGCCGGAGCUGGUCACGCGCAGCUUUGCUGCAGCAUUGGCAGGAACUGCAGAGGCCAUCCUGACGCCAUUUGAACGCGUGCAGACUCUACUACAAGACCAUCGGCACCACGGGCGCUUCAACAACACAGCCCACAUCUUCAGGACACUUCUGACGGAGUACGGUGUCAGAGAGUGCUACCGUGGCUUAGUGCCCAUACUCCUCCGUAAUGGCCCCAGCAAUGUGCUCUUCUUUGGGCUCCGCGGGCCCAUUAAAGAGCAGCUCCCAGAGGCCACUAGCCAGGCAGGUCACUUGGUUGUUGAUUUUGUGUGUGGAGGGGUGUUGGGGGCCGCUCUUGGCAUCAUGUUCUAUCCAUUGAAUGUGGUUAAGUCUCGGGCUCAGUCUCAGGUGGGUGGAGCGUUCCAGCCUUGCAGAGAGGUGCUUCUAACAGUGUGGAGAGAAAGAGGUGGCAGCCUGGCCAUGCUUUUCCGAGGGGCCCACCUUAACUAUCACCGCUCGCUCCUCUCUUGGGGGAUCAUUAAUGCUACCUAUGAGCUGCUGCUGAAGCUCAUAUGAGAGGAGGAAUGGAGAUGAUGAAAUCUAGAGUGGAAGAGAAAGUAUUUAAAGGGAAAAACCUGUAUGGAGUAAAAGAGUCAGUUUUUGAGAGCAAAAAGAAAUUGUAAUGUAAUGCUGAUGCACUGCUGUCUAGCACUGUUUGCAGGAUGUUUCCAGAGAGACAGCAGUGAAGAUGCACUUCUGACAGGGGCCAACAGUUUGUGUGAGAUCACCUGCCAUUGUGACUAUUUGCAGUUGUCUAAGUGUUAAAACAGGACGCACCCUUUAGCCUAUACAAAACUUGUGCCAGGGUCCAAUUGAAAUGCCCUCGUUUGCUCUGUGUACAAAAAGUUCAGGGAGCAAACUGAAGCUCCAGCACUUUUUUUCUCCACAGUUUCAAGUAAAGGUUACUGGAGUGGAUUGACUGUUUUGUAGGAAAAGCUGUUUUGUUGUAUGUGCUGUGUGCUGUGUGCUGUGGUGCUUCGUAGACAAUAUCCAUCUGUUUGUUUGACCAAGAGCCCUUGCUCUGUGAAGCUGUUUUCUGCCACUUAACUGAAACACAUUUGUGCAUUUGCUCGUUGAAAUACCCAAGAAUUAUUGUCAAGAAAAAGUGGAAUAAACUGAAUGUUGGCCAUUUUAUUUCUCUUUAUUCUCCCUCUCCACCCGUUCAGCCCUACGUGUUAAUGAGAUCAAAUGGCUGUUGAAAUGAGUAUCAAUACUGGGCAGGCUACUUUAUACAGUUUCUCUUUUUACACAUGACUCAUCUAUGCCUAUAAAAACAACUACUGAAACGUCCGUCAAACACGUUUUGUCUUGAUUUAUUUUCUGAAGUGCUGCUGGCAGGGUGUAUGUGUUGUUGAGUUUUGACAAGUGCCCAUUGAUGUGCAUGUCAGUAAAACAUUCUGUUACACUCAGAUUUGGUCUCUGUUUUUAUGAUUUAUUGGGAGUGAGAUAAAUAUUUAAUCUAGCCCUCUAUUGCGUCAAAUAAACCCAUUGAAAAGGUUUGCACUUCGAGUCAAUCUUUAAUUCUAGCAGCUUUAAGAAUAGACCUAUAAUAAUAUUAAUUUGCCUAUGUACUACUGCUGCAUCUGUUCAUUUAUUGAAUACAAAACGAACUGCUGCUCAAUGUUUGUAUCAGUUCAAUAAACCUAAAUGUCACUUGUACUAUAUGUAUUUCUGCUCACUCUUAUAUCUCCCCUCACGCUUGUGCUCCUCGCUGUCUGUAACAUCUGUUGACAUAAUGGGCUCAGAUUUCAAGCUCGAGUAGAUGCAGCCAGUCACCGUGCAGCAGCUCUUGCUGGGUUCGACAGCCCGAAGAGGAAAGGCAUGCUGCUUGGACACACGGAGAGACACUGAGCAGGAAUAGUGCUAAGAGAGAAGACAGGGGACGAGGUUAAUGUUCAUUGGUACAAAAAGCUAAAGCUGCCAUGUAAAUGGAUCACUUGGCCUAUUUCUUCAGUUCUUUUCUUUUUGACUGUCCACAAUGUACUGUGUGGUCUUUUUCAGGAUUUUCCAGGAUUUCCUCUUCGAAAGUAUGACUUUGUAUUCUGUAAGGAUUUGAAAGUGGGACAACUCCAAUUUUGAUUCAUGCUGUUUAUAAUUAACCACUUUCCCUGAAGCACAAGUCACAGAAUCAGUACAAAAUGUCAAAUUAAUUGUUGCAACUGAAUGAAAUGUUUAAAAGCAAUCCAUUAAAAAUGUUGCCAGUGA